GGAGGGGAUAGAGGAAACAGCAGGAAAAUAGGACUGGGGAAGCAGGGAAAGAUUUGAGAGGCUGGAUGAGUUGUUCCCUCCGCUAUUGCAAGGAGCCAAGUUCCUUAAGCAUCUCCUGGUGGAUAUUAAGAGGGAGCUGUGGAGGCUGGAGCACUCCCUUGGACAGUUGCAUGCUGUGGCUUUAAGACUGUUUUACAGAGUUCUCGGGAUCUCCAGUUUUCCUGCGCCUAGUGGAGUAUUUCAGGGAGUUUCGGGAUUUUUGGGGUCAUGCACCCCCUGUCUCCUUUUUCUUCCUCCUUUCUCUUCCUCUUUUCCUAUUCUUUUUCAUUUCGAAGAGACAAAGCUACUUCAGUUUGGAGCACAAACAUAUGAUCAGCACAUGGAAAUGUGGUAAUUUGGAUGCAUUCAUGAUUGCAACAGAUUGAAGAAAUUAGACCAGACAAAGAGCUUUUUUUGGAAGAAGAGGAGGAGGAGGCAAGGCAAGGAGGGAGGGAGAGUGGGGGAAAGAAGGGGACACCAGCGAAAAAAGGGACGGCUGUGACACGCGGAUGCUAAAUAUAUCCCGUAGUAAUGGAGAGGGACCGGAUUUCAGCUCUGAAGAGAUCUUUUGAGGUUGAGGAGGUAGAUCAAUCUUCAAAUUCCUCCACCCCACAAAGACGGACCCCAAACCCCCUACUCAGGUCCACUGUGUCCAGCUCCACACAGAAGUUUCAGGAACUCGGUGCCAGAAAUUCUGAGCCAUCCGUCCGACAUGCGGAGCCCACAGUCCAAAGAUCACCCAAGCCCUCUCUGAGGAGAGUGGAUCUCUCUGGACCCAAACUGCCAGAGCCUGUGUCCAGAAGAACAGAAAUCUCCAUUGACAUCUCAUCUAAGCAGGUGGAGAACUCCACUUCAGGGUUGUCGAGGUUUGGCCUCAAACGGGCAGAUGUGGUGGGGCACAAACCCCCCGAGCCCACCCCAAGGAGGACUGAGAUCACCCUCGGCAAGCCCCAGGAGCCGGGUCUCCGCAGGGUGGAGGCACCAGCAUCAAAGAUCCCUGAGAUGCCCCAGCGGAGAGCUGAGACUGCCAACGCUCCUGUGCCUGACGCGGCCACCAAGCGUGUAGAAAUUCAAGUAGCGAAGACUGCCGAUAUCCCAGCCCCGCCGGUGCGGCCAGUGGAGAGUUCAGAGCCUCCCCUGGCCACCCAUCCUCCCCAGGCAGAGCCAAAGCCACUGACGAUGCUGAUGGAGAGCCCACCAAAGAGAGAAGAAGGUCCAGAGGCAGUUCCCAGCCACGUACCCGGCAUGACAGACGUUCCACGGGAUGCUGGCCCCAAGCAGGCAGCGCCGACGCGGCCGGAGAAGCCGGCUGCGGACUUUGGCUACGUGGGGAUAGAUGCCAUCCUGGAGCAGAUGAGACGGAAAGCCAUGAAGCAGGGGUUUGAGUUCAACAUCAUGGUUGUUGGUCAGAGUGGCUUGGGGAAAUCCACGUUAAUCAACACUCUCUUCAAAUCCAAAAUCAGCCGGAAAUCUGUACAGCCGACUCCAGAAGAGCGGAUCCCCAAGACCAUUGAAAUAAAAUCCAUCACUCAUGAAAUUGAAGAGAAGGGGGUUCGCAUGAAGCUAACGGUCAUUGACACCCCAGGCUUUGGAGACCACAUCAACAAUGAGAAUUGCUGGCAGCCCAUCAUGAAGUUCAUCAAUGACCAGUACGAGAAGUACCUGCAGGAGGAAAUCAACAUUAACCGGAAGAAGCGGAUCCCCGAUACGCGAGUGCACUGCUGUAUAUACUUCAUCCCAGCCACUGGCCACUCGCUCCGACCGCUAGACAUUGAGUUCAUGAAACGCCUGAGCAAAGUGGUCAACAUUGUCCCUGUGAUUGCAAAAGCCGACACAUUAACGCUGGAGGAGAGGGACUACUUCAAACAAAGGAUAAUGGCUGAUCUUCUUGCCAAUGGGAUCGAUGUGUAUCCUCAGAAGGAGUUUGAUGAAGACUCUGAAGAUCGGCUAGUGAAUGAGAAAUUCAGGGAAAUGAUCCCAUUUGCAGUGGUGGGCAGUGACCAGGAAUACCAGGUUAAUGGAAGAAGAAUCCUUGGAAGGAAGACCAAGUGGGGCACCAUUGAAGUGGAGAACACGACACACUGUGAGUUUGCCUAUCUGCGGGAUCUCCUCAUCAGGACGCACAUGCAGAACAUAAAGGAUAUUACCAGCAACAUCCACUUCGAAGCCUACAGGGUCAAGAGGCUGAACGAGGGCCAGAGCUCGCUCUCCAAUGGCAUGACCAACAAAGAGCUGGUGGCUAAUGAAAUGUAACCGUCUUGCUCCAUAGCCAGGACCUUGCUCGCUCACGCUCGCUAUUUCUCCCCCUCUUCUCCCUUUAUUUUUAUAUAAAUCCUCUGCCACUGUCCCUUUUCCCACCCCCUGCCAAUGUUAACUGACCAAAUAACCAGACGCCGUCUCUGUGGUGCGGAGCGGGGUGACCGCUCAUCCCCCCUGCUUUGUGGCACAGGUUUUCUUCUCAGCCACUGGUCCAGCAUCCCUGGGCUGGGGACCGUCCCUCUGCAGAGGUCGGGCUCUUGCUGCUCUGACAGCGGAGCUCCAGGGAGCAGAUCUGUGGGGCUGGUGGGCUUGGGGGCCCCCCGAGAGCCCUGCCUGCCCCUCUGUGCAGAGGCUCUUCUCCGUCCGUUGAAGGCAAGGGUUUCUCCAGGUGAAUGUAGCCUUUGGAAGCAAGGUACGGUGGUAUGAAGAGGGCAAGAUGGUGCCAUCCUUGUCUCCUGCUGCCUCCUCCAAGCCCUCCGCAGCCCUCUGGCACCUGCCAGCCCCCAGCCCAUCCCCUCUACCCUGCUUACAUGCAAUAAACUGGGAGUGUUUAGGUGUCACCUCGCCUGUUACUGGCCCUGGCUGGGCAGAGCGACCUGCUUUGGGAGAAGUGCCUUUUCAGACUGUUACGUUGCAAUAGCAGGGGAGAAGGGAAGGAGGGCUUGCCUUGUCUGUCUCUGUGGCCUGCAAAAGGCAUGCAACACUUCGUAGAGAGUCCUUUUCCCUCUCCCCUGCACCAUAGAUAUGACUGAUGUCCUGGGAACACUUGUGUAUUUAUUUUUCAUUCAGUUGGGUGGUUUUUUUCUGAUGGAGGCUCAGAGUGUGUUUAUCCAAAGGGGACUGAGAGUGGAACAUCUCUGCAAAGCAGCAGUGGGAGGCAGAGGGUUGUUCUGUCUUGUCUGACCCUUGGGAUUAUCAGGCUUUUCCCUACGUCAGAAGAGGCUGUUGGGUAUUUUUUUUUUUUUUUUAUUAUUUUUCAAUCCUCUGUGACUUGCGUGUGUACGUAGCACGCUUCUCUGCUUUGCUGUCCUCGUGCAAGGGGGCUCUGCACAUGCAGACUGAGCCCUGCAGCCGUGGGCAGGGCUGGGGCACCGUUUGCAGGCUUUCUGCUCUACCUGUGCUCCCUCUGGCUCUGCCACAACGUGGCUCUUGUUCCAGUGAGUCUCCAGUACAAAAAAGACCCUGCAAAGGCGUCAGUUAAAUAACGCCGUGACACAGGAGUGGGUGGUCCUCGAACAGAGCUCUGCAGCCCGACCACCUGCCCCAGCCCUGCUUGCUUUUCUGUCGUCUGCUCCGUCAGUCUCUGUAUCCUCCCUAAGGGAUAAAACGUUCUGCAAAUUGCCCUUUUUUUUGGGGUGGGGGGUAAAUAUUAAAAUGGCAGCGUGUCCUGGCCUCUAGUGCUGGAAGGUGCCUGCAGAGCCCACCACGUGGUCUUCAUGGGGGGACAGAGCCACCUUCUUCAGCACAGGUGACCAAGAGUAAGGAGGGGGUUCUUAUCUUGGUGGGGAUGCUCAGAUGAUGUUGCUCAGCUGAGGGUUUGCGGGGACUCCCCACACAUGGCCCCUCCAGCAGCCAAAGCGGUGCGUGUGGUGCAUAAAAAGGAGAAUCCGCUCUCCCCCUUAACUCAUAUUUCCCCCCACUCCCCCCACAACAGCCCGAUGGAGCUGUUGGGGAAGAACAGCUCUCUACUUGCCGACUUGCUAUGUUUUAGCAAAAACAAAACUAAAAGAAGCAUAUUAACUGAAAAGAUAUAUGUAUUUCAAGCAUUUAGAAAAAAAAAAAAGAAAAAGACUUUGAAAGGGGGGAAAAUCUCUUGUGUGAGACACUUCUGCAAAUGUCAUCUUAAACUUCUUUUUCCUCUAGUCGAUAUCUCAAGCUGGGCCAAACAAGACAUGCCGCUUUCUCCUUUGUAACCUGAUUAUUUUUUUGGAAAAAAAGAAGAAAAUAAUACAAUAAAAAACCCUUCAUCCAGAUCUGUUAAAAUGGCCUUUUGGGGGUUAUAAGCAUUAUGACAAAUUUAGUCCACUUUUGUACAAAUAAUAGUGUUUAAUAUGUAUUUCCCAAAA